AUGGGCUGUGGCGGCUCAGUGGCCAAGGCUGCAGCAGUGGAAACUGACGUGAAUCAGGUAGCUGAAAAAUCUGAAGAACUUGAAGAAGAGGUACAGGAUGGACUUCAAUUUGUCCAAGUCUUUGAUGCAGAGAAGACCGGUUUUCUCCCGCGGGAAACCAUCGCCACAAUUCUGCAGCUGUGCAGCAGCCUCUCAGAAGAGGAGGUGCAGGAGAGGAUGAAAGAUCUACCCUCCAAUAGCCAGGGAUUGGAAUACCAUCAUAUCAUUCCCUUCAUCGAGCUCGAGGCCACCUAUGACUUGGAAGAUCCAAAGCACCUGGCAAAAUACCUGCUCGAUGCCGGCGUCCGCCUGAUCAGGGCUCCGUACCUCUACAAGUUGCUCUCUGCAAAUAGGUGCAUGCCACGGCGCCAAGAGGCGGAGCACGACUGCUGUGAAGUGAAUGGAAUGGAGGUCUCAGCAUUGAUCUCACACGAGGAAGUGGCCGAAUGGGCGGUAGGUCGCAGGAAGGCAUUGAUUUGUUCAGUGUCUCACGCGUGGGAAACGCGGGAACACCGGAUCCCUGCAACUAUCAAUUGGAGAAUCUCGUGA